GAUGCACAAAAGUGUAUGGGGUGGGAGAGUUGGAGCCGGGGCUACGUGGGCUGUCCCUCAUCUUCCUGCUGCAUCUGCGCGAUCAGCUGCUGGCGCUCAGCUGCCUGGCGCAUGCGCAUCAUGACAAGACUCUCAUAGUCCCUUUCUGACCGCACUGAGCCCUGGGGACAGAGGGACAGAGAAGUCAGGCUAGCAGGCACAGCCCCACAGAUUACAGAUUCAGUAUCGGGCCUGGGCCUAGACAGAACCAAGUCUAAAAGCUGAAGGGGAAGAAAGGGCGGAGGAAGGACCCAGACAUCUUGGAUUCCGACUCCUCCAGGAGCCUAGAGAGAGCAGGCCUGUGCUCCCCAGGCUGCUUCUCCAUUAUCUCCGUAUCCACUCAUCUCUAGGCUCCCCUGGCCUCCCUGCCCCAGGAUGUCACAUCUCUCCCCAUCCUGCUCUGGUCCAGGCCUCAGCCCUUUAUCUGCCUCUCCUUCCCUCCACCCAUGGCUUCUGCCUGGCAAAUUUCCAACAGAAGAGGAGGUCUGAGGUGCAGGGAUCCCCGGCUCUACUGGACACAGCAGCGCUCUUCCCCUGUGGUCUGCUCUGCUGAGGACACAAAAGGGGGCCUUGCUCUCUCCACAAGCAUGAGCCCAGCUUGCCUCGUAAAGAUAAGACCAGGCUACUAUAGGUAGGGUCCUUGGCUUUCUUUUACAAUCUUGCUAGCCAAACAGGGGACUGAGGAGAGGUUCACUUUGAUAACCCAAGAACAACAGCCAGCCACCCACGGGCGAAGCUGUGGAAGGGAAGCAGCCUUACAGCAGAGCACUGUGUGGCCAAGCCUGUCAGACCAACGGUAUGAAUCAGACCGUUUCCUCCCUUGGCACCGCUGGAGCUAUGAUUCUACGGCAGAUAGAGGGGUGGGAAACCCACCAGCGGUGGCACAGAGCCAAGCCAGGACAACAGUACCAAGUGUGGUGGCCCAACUGUAACAAAAGAGUUGUGGGGUCCUGCCGGGGGAACCCCAUGCUGGUGCCCUCCCACAGUAGAAGGCUUGGAAGUCAGUGACCCAGUGAAUAACAUGGGAGUGGCUGAAGUUGGGCUGUCUGGCUCUGGCUAACUUGUUUGGAGUCAGGGGUGCAGAUAAACAGAAAGUGACACUCAAUCUGGUCCCCCUGUCUUUAUACCUCCCCCACCCCUAGGAAUACCUCUUCUCAGCUACCCUCCCCUCAACCACUGGCAAUUCAGAGCAGCUUCACACAUACUGGCCCCUUCUACAAGAAGGUCCCCAAAUGCGGUUCAUGAGCCAGAGGGCACUGGUCUUCUGGGUGAAAAGAGUAAAAGCUGAGAUGCCAUACUGACAUCCCCGCUGUGGGGAGGGCGCUGCUCCUCCCCCAAGUUCAUGAUGCUUUACCAAGAAAACUUUAAGUCACCCUGGCACGCCCCAGAACCCCGGGAGGAGUAAGCCUUUACAGGCAUGGGGCUGGUCCCUGUUAACACACCCUCCACAUCCUUCCCCACCAUUCCUGUGGCCUGCCUAAUGAGGGCCUGUCAACCAGCCCAAGGGCUGAGUCACCCACACCGCCAGGUCUCCUCUCUUCCUUCUCCAACAACUGUUCCAAAAGUUGCCUUUCAAUUAGCACUACCUCCCUGGGCUCUUCCCAUAGACUGCUGGGGCUUGGGAGUCAGGCAGGCCUGCUGGGGUCACUGUGGCGGCAGAGCUUUGACAGAAAAGGAAGUAACCUGGUGACACACCCGGCAGGGCUGUCCUCAGACCACUCCCCCAGAGGAAUCUGAAGCGUCCUACUGCCCUGGGGUGUUGGUCACAGCUGCCCCAGUCCCAGCCUGCGGAUGCUGCAAUUACCUCAGAGCAUGAAACCAGCUUCCCACCUGACUGAGUCAGCUGAAAACAAAACACAUCUCUACCACACGCUGGCACAAACAGCCAAGCCACUAAUCAGAGUCCCCAGAUGCUGGCAGAGAGAGCACAGCCCCACACUGGCCAGGAGAUCGGCACAUGCCACGAACUACCAGAGAGAGGGUGCUGCUGCCUGAAGAAGCGCAAGCUCCCCUCCAGAGGUCCCGCCCUGCCCACCAAGCCCUCGGCCUUGUUUGACUCUGGCCCUGCUCUGCGGGGACUCCCAGCACUCUGAUCUCCCGGACAAAUUCUCCCUCCUGCUAGUCCUGUCUCACCAUCCAAGAUGCAACAAGACAAAGGGCCACACCGAGCAGAAAGGCGCAGCCUCUGCUCCUAGCCCUUGAGGGGUGUCGCCCCAGUUUCUGGCCUCCAGUCUGCUAGCAAAUGGUCACAAGCUGCUGCUGAGCCCCUCUGUGGGGUUUCUCAGAUGAGGGACCUGUUGGCUGACUUAGGAGCGCCAUGGAGACUUGGCGGAAAGGCUCCUUCCGCAACGCCUCCUUCUUCAAGAGAAUGACCCUGGGGCGGCCGCGGAGACUGCGGAGACAGGGCAGCACACUCAGCCAGGCCAGCACUGCUGGUGGUGACCAUGAGGAGUACAGCAACAGAGAAGUCAUCCGGGAACUUCAAGGGAGGCCAGACGGCCGGCGUCUGCCCUUGUGGGGGGAUGAGCAGCCCCGAGCCACUCUGCUGGCCCCACCCAAGCCCCCACGUCUCUACCGAGAGAGCUCCAGUUGCCCCAAUAUUCUGGAGCCCCCAGCAACCUACACUGCCGCCUACUCGGCCACCCUGCCUUCAGCCAUCUCCCUGACAGGCCCUCUCCACCCAUGCUCACAAGAGGACCUUUUGGAUACUCCCUGUUUCCCGAGAACACCUACUCCGGACCUCAAUGACCCUUUCUUUUCCUUCAAAGUGGACCUGGGGAUUUCACUUCUGGAGGAAGUUCUUCAGAUGCUAAAGGAGCAGUUUCCUAGUGAGCCCCACUUCUGACCCCGGUGAGGGCAGAGAGAACUGGGUGACUGGAGCCUGGGAGACCUAGGCAGGUAAAGUGUGGAUUAUGGAGCAGGUCGAGACAUAAGCCACAGUGCAGCCGGCCCCGGCUGCUGAGCAAUCCUCCAGGGCACCCAGAGUGAAGGACAGAAGCCAGCUGGGAAAGUAUAGGGGUCACUCUCUGGCAGGAGCCCUGAAGGAAGCUGGAAAGGUCAGGAAAAGGAAGCCACACCUGCAACCACAGGAACCAGUCAGAGGUCAGGGGAAAGACAGGGUGGCACGGGGCGAGUCAGGAAGUAGGACUCAGACUGGGCAGGGCACACAGUGCCCUACACCAGCCUCUAGAACCGCUGUCAACAGAGAAAUCAUAGGCUACAUCUAGGAAGAAGCAGUCUGAGAUUAAGAGGAAAGUGGGAAGGCCAGAGAGAGCAGAGGUAGAAAAGCCACCGCUCACUUUCUAUGAUUGUUUGAUUGAAUAAUAGCAAACCGGAAGUUUGGUUCCAGAGGCUGGAGAAACGGCUCAGUGGGUAAAGUGUUUGUGUACAGGCAGGAAGGCCUGAGUUCAGACCUCCAGCACCCACAUGAAAAAAGCUGGGCAGGUGUGACAGCCGCCUGGAAUUCCCGCGUUCAGGAUGCAGGUACCAGGAGUCCCAGGGACAGGCUAGCUGGCUAGACUAGUCAGAUUGGCAGACUCCAGGCCCAGCAAGAGCCACUGUGCCAGUAAUGACAAGUGAAGAGCAAUUGAAGAUGGUAACUGACAUCAACCUCUGACCUCCAAAUGUAUGUGCAUGCACGCGUGUGCGCACACACACGCGCACACACACAGACUCACACUCAAACACCCACACACACUCAAACAUACACUAUACAGACACAAACACAAAAGAAAAAAAAAUCAGUUCCUUUUCCCCCUUAGCCAAUGUUUGCUUGUUUCUGAGACAAGGUCUCUUAGGUAGUAUGGGUGGCCUUAAGCUUGAUGCUCCCGGGACUGCAGGCAUGUGCCACCACACCCAGUUGUUUAGGUGGCGCUGGGACCCAAACCCAGAGCUUCACGCAUGCCAAGCAAGUACUCUACCAAAAUGAGCCAUGAGCCAAUCCUGUAGCCACAUUUUAAUAAAGAUGUUUUUAAAAAUUA